AUGGCACUUAAAGGGCAGGAAGACUAUGUCUAUCUUUUCAAAGAUCCCUCUCAUCCUUUGGAUUUCUUGGAAGCAUUCAGAACAUUCUACCUAGAUGGCUUAUUUACUGAUAUUACACUUCAGUGUCCUUCAGGCGGUAUCUUCCAUUGUCAUAAGGCUGUUUUAGCUGCUUGUAGCAAUUAUUUUAAGGCAAUGUUCACAGCUGACAUGAAAGAAAAGUUUAAAAAUAAAAUAAAACUCCCUGGGAUCCACCAUGAAGUUUUAGAAGGUCUUAUAAAUUAUGCAUACACUUCACAAAUCAGAAUAACCCAAAGAAAUGUUCAAAGCCUCCUCGAAGCAGCAGACUUACUGCAAUUUUUUCCUGUAAAGAAAGCUUGUGAGCAAUUUUUAGUAAGGCACCUUGAUGUUGAUAAUUGCAUAGGAAUGCAUUCCUUUGCAGAAUUUCAUGUAUGUCCAGAAUUAGAAAAGGAAUCCAGAAGGAUGCUUUUAUCAAGGUUCAAGGAAGUAUGGCAACAAGAAGAAUUUCUUGAAAUCAGCAGUGAAAAAUUAUUCUUCAUUUUAUCCAGAAAGAAUCUAAGUGUUUGGAAAGAAGAAACUGUCAUAGAACCAGUUAUUAAAUGGACAGCACAUGAUGUGGAAAAGCGAAUUGAAGGCAUUUAUGAUUUACUAAGUUAUAUAGAAAUAGAUAUAGAUCAAAUGUAUUUAAAGACUGCUUUGAGUCUUCAGAGGAGACACCUGCUAACUGAAAACAAGUUAAGAGCUUUAAUAUAUAAUGCUCUAAGUCCCAUGCAUAAGGAAGUUUCCCAGAGGUCCACAGCUACUAUGUAUGUAAUUGGCGGCUAUUAUUGGCAUCCUUUAUCAGAGGUUCACAUUUGGGAUCCUUUAAUAAAUGUUUGGAUUCAGGGAGCAGAAAUACCAGAUUACACCAGAGAAAGCUAUGGUGUUACGAGUUUGGGACCCAACAUUUAUGUUACAGGUGGUUACAGGACAGAUAACAUAGAAGCCCUUGACACUGUCUGGAUCUAUAAUAGUGAAACUGAUGAAUGGACUGAAGGUUCCCCUAUGCUUAAUGCAAGAUACUAUCACUGUGCAGUUACCUUAAGUGGUUGUGUCUAUGCCUUGGGGGGUUACAGAAAAGGAGCUCCAGCAGAAGAAGCAGAGUUCUAUGAUCCUUUAAAAAAGAAAUGGAUUCCUAUUGCAAAUAUGAUUAAAGGUGUGGGAAAUGCUACUGCCUGUGUCUUACGGGAAAUCAUCUAUGUCAUUGGAGGCCACUGUGGUUACAGGGGAAGCUGCACUUAUGAUAAAGUCCAGAGUUACAAUUCAGACAUCAAUGAAUGGAGUCUAGUCACCUCUAGUCCACAUCCAGAAUAUGGAUUAUGUUCAAUUCCAUUAGAAAAUAAGCUAUAUCUUGUUGGUGGACAAACCACAAUCGCAGAAUGCUAUGACCCUGAACAAAAUGAAUGGACAGAGAUAGCUCCUAUGAUGGAAAGGAGAAUGGAGUGUGGUGCUGUCAUCAUGAAUGGAUGUAUCUAUGUAACUGGUGGAUAUUCCUACUCAAAAGGAACAUAUCUUCAGAGCAUUGAGAAAUAUGAUCCUGAACUUAAUAAAUGGGAAAUAGUGGGUAAUCUUCCUAGUGCCAUGCGUUCACAUGGAUGUGUUUCUGUGUACAAUGUAUGAAAACCACUAAAUACUGAAAAAAAAAUUUACACCUAACAAUGUACCGGUAGAUAAAAGAUCUUAUUUAGUAUUG